AUGUCUCCAUCCGUCAUCACACCGGACGCCUCGUCCGGCGACUCCGAAAAAGUAGUCCUCGUCCGCAUCGCCCACGUCUACUACACCCACGCCAACUUCGAGCGCGAGCACCGAUUCCUGACUGACUUCGGCCUCACAGAGGUCUCGCGCCUCAACGUGGGGAAAUCCAACGAGACCAUCUACUACCGCGGAUACGGAUCCGAACCUUUCUUGUAUUGCUCGACAAAGGGCGAGGAAGAUGCCUUUGGGGGCACGGCGUUCGUGGUGGAGAGCAGGAAGGAUUUGGAGUUGGCGACUAGGGCCAUUCCGACUGCGAGUGAAAUCUGGGAAAUGAAGGGUGCGCCGGGCGGGGGGGAGUGUGUGACGGUGAAGGAUCCGGUGGAUGGGUUUAUGGUGCAUCUGGUUUAUGGGCAGGUGCAGAGGGAGAUGAAGGAGCAGCAUGAACAGAAGGAGUUCAACUUCGUGAGUGCUUUCUCAGACACAGACGUUGACGGAGAGGCCAACAGAGAAGCAUCGCCCGGCGAACAAAUUCCAACGGAUGCAAAAAGGUCAGCACCCGCACACCCCAUCCCAGAUGCAACCCCAUCUAACAUAACCCCAACAGGCCCGUCCCAGGUCCACAAACUCGGCCACUUCGGCAUGGCCGUCACCGACUUCGCCACAUCCUUCAACUUCUGGACCGGCCACUUCAACCUCAAACCCACCGACCUGCUGCACAACGCAGAAGGCCGCGACAUCACCACAUUCAUGCACCUGGACCGCGGCCAAGAGUUCGUCGACCACCACUCCUUCUUUUUCUUCGAGGGGCCCAAACCGCACGUGCACCAUUCUUCGUUCGAGGUGUUUGAUUUCGACACCCAGGUGCUCGGGCACGAUUGGUUGAUCAAGAAGGGCUAUGAGAAUUGUUGGGGCGUGGGGAGACAUGUAUUGGGGAGUCAGAUUUUCGAUUAUUGGUUCGACACCUCGAAGUUCAUCCUGGAACAUUACGUCGAUGGCGAUCAGGUCAACGGCGAGACGCCUAUCACGAGGGAUUUGGCUUCGCCGGAUAGCUUAUACAUUUGGGGUCCGGAUGUACCCCCCAGAUUCAUGGACUGA